GGAACAUAAAAUAACGUUAUUAACCGGUUCCCAUCCUUUUUAAAAUAACGGUUCUGUUCCGUAACAGUAUAGAUGACUUUCGUUCUGAUUCUGUUCCUUGGAAAAAAUAUUUUUGGGUUCUAUUCCCUGAACUGGUUCCAACCCCUGAUGGGAACUGACUUUCAACAAUUUAGAUGCACUCCAAAGCCUUAAAGCAAAUGUAAUAUUAACCUCUUGUUUUGAUGCCGACACGUAUUAGUAAAAAUCCAGUAAACUCCAUGUCCCCUCCCUAAGACCAGGGUUGGCCACUCUUCCCUGGCGUUUUUAUUUAGUGAAUGCUGUUUUCUCCGGGCAACCAUCAAAACGCCACUCUGUAAUCCACGCAGAGGCCAGCCUGCCUGAAAUUCUGAGCUGUGAGCUGUUGCCAUAACAACGCCUGCAGAGCCAAGGGGUGUGUUUGUGAGCAGUGGAGGAGGGGGGGACGGGGACGAGCAGUAACAUCUGGCCCAGUUGUCUUCCAGCGAGGAAUGGGGUUUUGACUUGAUUGUUUACCUGUCACUGCCUUUUCGGGUACAUCUUCACUUUUAUUCUACUUGUGUCAGCUGAAAACAAUUGUUUGCCUCAAGUUUCUCCAUACAUUUUUUUUUUUUUGGUAUCACACGGUCAUCUAUAUUCUUUCACCCCACAACAGUUUUCUGGUUCCACAUCUUAAAUCUUUACCCACAAUGACAAUUCAAUGAACUCCACAUUUUAUAAUCUGUGAUCCCAUGUCUGCCACCAAUGGGAACUUUGUCAAUUCAGGUUGCAGUAUGCUAACUCAGUCACUCUACAAAUGUGCUUGUAGCAGUAGCAGCAGUAGCAGUAGCACCACCAGCAGUAGUAGUAGUACCAGCAGUAGUACCAGCAGCUACCAAAGCAGUCUCAAUACAGCAGCUACCAAAGCAGUCUCAAUACAGCAGCUACCAAAGCAGUCUCAAUACAGCAGCUACCAAAGCAGUCUCUAUACAGCAGCUACCAAAGCAGUCUCAAUACAGCAGCUACCAAAGCAGUCUCAAUGCAGCAGCUACCAAAGCAGUCUCAAUGCAGCAGCUACCAAAGCAGUCUCAAUGCAGCAGCUACCAAAGCAGUCUCAAUGCAGCAGCUACCAAAGCAGUCUCAAUGCAGCAGCUACCAAAGCAGUCUCAAUGCAGCAGCUACCAAAGCAGUCUCAAUGCAGCAGCUACCAAAGCAGUCUCAAUGCAGCAGCUACCAAAGCAGUCUCAAUGCAGCAGCUACCAAAGCAGUCUCAAUGCAGCAGCUACCAAAGCAGUCUCAAUGCAGCAGCUACCAAAGCAGUCUCAAUGCAGCAGCUACCAAAGCAGUCUCAAUGCAGCAGCUACCAAAGCAGUCUCAAUGCAGCAGCUACCAAAGCAGUCUCAAUGCAGCAGCUACCAAAGCAGUCUCAAUGCAGCAGCUACCAAAGCAGUCUCAAUGCAGCAGCUACCAAAGCAGUCUCAAUGCAGCAGCUACCAAAGCAGUCUCAAUGCAGCAGCUACCAAAGCAGUCUCAAUGCAGCAGCUACCAAAGCAGUCUCAAUGCAGCAGCUACCAAAGCAGUCUCAAUGCAGCAGCUACCAAAGCAGUCUCAAUGCAGCAGCUACCAAAGCAGUCUCAAUGCAGCAGCUACCAAAGCAGUCUCAAUGCAGCAGCUACCAAAGCAGUCUCAAUACAGCAGCUACCAAAGCAGUCUCAAUACAGCAGCUACCAAAGCAGUCUCAAUACAGCUGUGGUAACGUGUCUCUAUUAAGAUGGACAGCGUGUAUAAUGUAUUGCCUUACAGAUUAAUUGAUUCAAUUGUUGACUGAAAUGAUUGUCAAGCCAGACUUCAUAGUAGACUUCAUGUUUUGAUAACAUAGCUACACUAUUUCACUUUUUAAUGUGUAUAGUAUUGCUUACUAGGUGUGUCCAAUUAAUUUUGUAACCACUCCCUUUUGAAAUUAGGGUUAAUUGGAAAAGCUGUUAAAAAGAGAACAUUGUAUUAUUUCUUUGUACUCCCUGACGAAGGCCAUGCAGCCGAAACACGUCGGAUUUUUAAAACUUUGUUUCUAUUGAACAUGCCAUACAAAUAAGGGCAUUUUUAAUUAAUUAUCUGAAGAUUGCCUUGGUCCUCCUUUCUUUUCCAGACUUCCUAGUACUCUGAAUAAUCUAAUCCUCCAACCUGGCAACAUACCAGGAGACUGUCUAUAGACUGUGCAGUUUGAUUUACAGUGGGGUCUGAAAUUGACACCCUUGAUAAAGAUGAGCAAAAACGACUGUAUAAAAUAAAUCCCCCUUUGUUUAGUUUUUUGGCAUACCAUAUAGCUCAGUAUUUGAAUUGUUCUUUCAUACUAAUACAAUUGCUCAAAGAGUAUUUUUAUUUUUAACAAGUGUUUUUUUUCUAUCCUGGUUUCAAUGCCUUGCAAGGAUAACUGAGCACUGAGCCUUUUUCUAAAAUGUAUUUUGAGAUGUAGAACACAUUCCUCCAUACUAUGAUUAUUAUUAUUAUUUGACCAUGCUGGUCAUUUAUGAACAUUUGAACAUCUAGGCCAUGUGCUGUUAUA